CUUAGUSUUGGCCUACCCACCCAAGGAAGCGAAACAAUAUGGCCUUCUAAAUGUCGUUUAUAAGGCAUURAGGUCGGGAGGGGCAAGAUAUUAUGGGAGGCCUAACAUUAUUUCGUAGCAUCAUAUUGAUGCUUGUAAUAUGUACAGCGUUUGCUGAGUUACAAAAAAACAUUGAGGAAACUCCUCAGAUGUCCAUUAAUGUCAAUUUAAGACAGAAAAGAGGUUUAGAAGAUAAUGGCGACAACUUCCUUGAUGAAACAGCUGAUUAUAAUUCACAAAGUGAAGAGAAAUCAACUGAGGAAGAACCAGCAAACGAUCCAAGUAACGUCGAGGAUCAAGAGGAAAGGGCGGAGGAUUUAAACAAUGCUCCGAAGUCCCCAGAAUCUGAAAAAACAGCUGAGAGAAAAGGAGAUGGUGAUAGUAAUGUCGAAUCUCAAGAGGAAAAGGACGCUGUGCCUACCGAUGAAUUAAACAAUGAUUCCAAGCACUUCAACGUUGAGCCUCAAGAGGAAAAGGACGCUUUGCCUACCGAGGAAUUAAACAAUGAUCGCAAGCAGGUCAAGUCUCCAGAACCUAAAAAGACGGCAGAGACGACAGCAGACGAUUCAACAGAAAAUAGCAACGUUGAACCUCAAGGGGAAAAKGGCAGUGCACCUACCGAGGAAUUAAACAAUGAUUCAAAGCAGGUCAAGUCUCCAGAACCUGAAAAGGCAACAGAGACACCAGCAGACGAUUCAACAGAAAAUAGUAACGUUGAGUCUCAAGAGGAAAAGAACGCUGUGCCUACCGAGGAAUUUAACAAUGAUUCAAAGCAGCUCAAGUCCCCAGAACCUGAAAAGGAAACAGAGACACCAGCAGACGAUUCAACAGAAAAUAGUAACGUUGAGUCUCAAGAGGAAAAGAACGCUGUGCCUACCGAGGAAUUAAACAAUGAUUCCAAGCAGACCAAGUCCCCAGAAGCUGAAAAGACAGCAGAGGAUUUGGCGAAAAGUACUGACGAGUCCUCUGAUGCGACAGUUACUGAACCAUUCCAGCAUGUCAAAGAUGAGGAAAGCAAUACCGAGACUAGCAGUGGAUUGUUUGAAGAUCCCGAGGAAACUAUGCCUGAGCUUGAACGUGAGGAUGAAACCGAUGAGUUGGUUAAAAGACAGACUAUUGCCCGUAUUGAGCCAAGUGSAAACUGCUGUCCACCAAAGACUUUUUGUCCAACCUUGCCUCCAUGUCAACCUUUGAUCAACACAGCAACAGAGCUGGCCAGUGCUGCAUUUGCUCCRGAGCCAGUAAAAGCUGAACCAAAGGUUGCAAAUCCUCAAAGUAAGGCAGAUAUUGCUGAAACACAUCCCGCUAAUCAAUCGUUUGGUGGYUUGCAGCCUGAAGCUCCACCAGUGUAUGCASCUUCCCAGUCAUACAAUCAGAAUCAACAGCAGAUUAACCAGACAUUAGCCCCGUCAGUAGCAAAMCACACUGAUUAUACUGACGAAGUUGARAAGCAAGCUGUAGAGGAGGAAAAUUCUCUUGAYGCUGAGGCUGAAAAGGAUCUGGMCGGACUUCAUGAAGAGCAMCACGAAGAGCUUUAUGAAGGCGAUGAAUCACAAAAAAAGCCCGAGUUUGGUGAUUUGUCAAAUCCUAGUAACCCUUUGUUUGGAAAAUAUGACGUGCCAGCUUCUUCUAAAAAAAGCAUCUUCUGCCCUCCUUGCGUAAAACCAACUAAAGCAACAGCCUGUUCAGCGCGCAUUGAUCUCGUUUUUGUAAUCGAUGGUUCAUCCAGUGUAGAGAGAUAUGGGGUUGGCAACUUCCGAAGGGUCAUUAAUUUUGCACGAGACUUAACAACAAAGUUUGUGGUCUCCAAGACCAAUACCCGUGUGGCAUUGAUGGUUUAUGGUACAAAAUCCUACCCAYUGUUUGGUUUUCGUGCUUAUUCCAACAACAAGAGGCUCUUUAAAGCCUUCAACCGGCCAAUGAGAUAUCCAAGAACUGGUGCGCGCACAGCAAAUGCCCUUAGAGAAGCUUACAAAACUUUCUUCAAGUCAAAUCGCCGUGUUGGUGCUCAGCGWGUUAUAGUUGUGAUUACAGAUGGAGCCUCCAGAGAUGSUGGUGUUGGCAGCGUGGCCAAAAAACUCCGGCAAAAAGGUUUAAAACUAUUCAGUGUUGGYGUUGGACGUUAUUUUAAUGCCAAAGAGUUGGAUAGGAUAGCCUCCAAAAAGGUCAAUGAGCAUGUCUUUACCUCUGACUGGAAACAGCUACAGCACAUAAGCAAUGACCUCAAAAAACACAUUUGUCUUGGUGCUGGUGGCCAUUUGUCGGCAUCGAAAAUGGAACCCUGUUUCUGCAGUAAGACAACGCCGAAGACACCAGGAGGACCUGGAGGUAAACCUACAGGAAAACCUACAAUAAGACCUCCWGGAAAACCAGGAGGAAUUGGAGGACCUGGAGGACCUGGYGGACCCGGAGGACCGGGUGGACCGGGUGGACCAGGUGGACCAGGAGGACCUGGAGGACCUGGAGGACCAGGAGGUCCUAAAAAAGAAAAACCAGGAAAACCAUCUAAACCAUCUAAACCAACUAAAAAACCAGGCACGCCUGGAGGUCCAGGAGGACCAGGAGGUCCCGGAGGCAUAAAAGGCCCAGGUGGACCUGGAGGGCCGUAUGGACCCGGUGGUCCUGGCGGACCAGGUGGACCAGGAGGCCCUAGAGGACCUGGUGGUCCAGGCGGUCCUGGCGGUCCAGGAGGUCCUGGUGGUCCCAAACGUAAGCCAAACAAUAAGAAAAAAAAUAAGAAGCCAGGAAAGCCCGGUGGUCCAGGAGGACCAGGAGGACCAGGUGGACCGGGUGGACCGGGAGGACCUGGUGGACCUGGUGGACCUGGUGGACCUGGUGGACCAGCGUUACCAAAAAAAGGACAUACAACCAAGCCAACUGUAAAGCCUACACCAAGACCUGGCAAACCAAAAGGACCAGGUAGUCCAUGUGGGCCAGGAGGACCAGGAGGACCAGGUGGUCCUGGUGGUCCUGGAGGGCCAGGAGGGCCAGGUGGGCCUGGCGGGCCACCUGCAAAACGUCCCGGUAAAAAGACAAAAGCUUGCAAACCCGGAGGUCCACGAGGUCCUGGGCGUCCUGGGGGUCCGGGAGGCCCUGGUGGCCCUGGUGGACCAGGAGGACCAGGCGGACCAGGAGGACCAGGGGGGCCAGGUGGUCCUGUAAAAGGAAAACCAUCUAAGCCAACAAAAGCUCCUCCAGGAAAACCACAUGGUCCAGGAGGUCCAAGCGGACCUGGUGGACCAGGAGGACCAGGAGGUCCAGGAGGACCAGGAGGGCCGGGAGGUCCAGGUGGGCCAGGUGGACCUGGUGGUCCAGGCGGACCAUGUGGACCUAAAGCACCUCCCAAAGGUGCGCCAACAAAACCACCUAAAGCGCCAGGGAAACCAGGAGGCCCUGGAGGUCCUGGCGGCCCUGGAGGGCCAGGCGGUCCCGGAGGAUGUGGAGGCCCUUGUGGUCCGGGUGGACCGGGAGGGCCYGGUGGCCCGCCAAAAGGGAAACGUCCUAAGAGACCUACAAGGCGUCCAGGAACUCCAGGAGGGCCUUGUGGUCCGGGUGGACCAGGAGGGCCUGGCGGACCAGGUGGACCUGGUGGUCCCGGAGGACCAGGAGGUCCUGGAGGACCAGGAGGACCAGCAAAACCAACUACUAAACCUUCAAAACCUUCAAAAGGUCCAACUAAACCCGGUGGCCCAAAAACAACACCGAAACCUACUAAAAAGCCAGGUAAACCUUCCAUUCUCGCAUUCUAYCCUUUGAACCGUUAUACGAAGGGACGAGACAUCAGCCCUAACAAGAAUCCAGAGGGUAAAAUUAGCAAUGUCCGAUACAAACCAGGCCCAUACCUUCGACCUGGAGGUUCUAUUCGCUUCAAAGGACGACCCGACAGCUWUGUAGAGUUUCCAAAGAAAAAGAGAAAACCAGCWGAUGAAAUCACCGUCCUUGCCUUCAUCUACCCUGAAAACAGCAGAGGACCAAUCCUUGCCAACGCAAAUCCUCGAGGCGUCGGUAUUAAAUUCUACACUACAAAGAAAGSAUUGAAGGUAAACUUUUCAUCUCCAAAGAAGCCACGUACAAUGACUGUGUCUACAAGMAAGAUUAAACAGCGCAMAUGGAGCUUUAUUGCAGCUAGUUACAAUCGAAAAACUSGUGUUGCCAAGAUCUUUAUCAACGCAAAAGAAURUGCCCGAAAGAAGAUUGGCCGACUUCGUGUACCAAUARACUAUGAUUUGCGUACUGGAGCUGUGGGUAAAGAUACGCUUCGUGGUAAAGUUACUUGUAUUCAGAUAUAUCCCAAGGAGCUCACACCUCUGCAGAUACGAUUGGCUAGCAAAUAUUGCCUAAAGUCAGUUCUGCCUCCCGUUCUCGCAUUYUAUCCUUUGAGCAUUACUAUGAAGGGACGAGAUAUCAGCCCUAACAAGAAUCCAAAAGGUCGAACUAGCAAUGUUAGAUACCAGCGAGGCCCAUCGAAUGAACCCGGAGGCUCUACUCUAUUGAAAGGGCGACCUGACAGCUUUGUAGAGUUCCCAAAGAAAARRAGAAAACCAGCAGAUGAAAUCACCGUCCUUGCCUACAUCCUUCCUGGAAAUAGUAAAGGACCAAUCCUUGCAAACAAAAAUCCACGAGGCGUCGGUAUCAAAUUCUAUACUACAAAGAAUGGAUUGAGUGUAAGCUUUUCAUCUCCAAAGGAAACRCUUAGAAUURMGUAUCCCAAAAAGCYCAGGAAACCCAAGUGGAAGUUUGUUGCAGCUUCUUAUAGUCAAAAAACUSGUCUUGUCAAGAUAUUUAUCGACGCAAAAGAAUAUGCCAGAAAGAAGGUUAMUCGAUUCCGUGUGCCAUUAGACUAUACUUUGCGUACUGGAGCAGUGCGCAAAGAUCCUCGAAGGCUUCGUGGUAAAGUUGCUUGUAUUCAGAUAUAUCCUAAGGCGCUUACACCUCUGCAGAUACGAAUAGYUAGAAGACUUUGCUUUAAGASAGGAGCUGCCCCAGGAACGCCAGGAGGUCCAGGAGGUCCAGGAGGUCCAGGAGGACCAGGUGGUCCAGGUGGCCCAGGAGGGCCUGGAGGACCUGGUGGCCCCACCACCCCAAAACCAGGGGUGACCUCUAGAUCUGGCCCCACCACCCCAAAGACAACGCCAACAAGACCACCAAUCACCAAGCCUUAUAACAAAGUUUGUAGAGCGACAUUGGAUUUGGUUUUCGUCAUUGAUGCUUCCAGUAGUGUUGGUUCAAAGAACUUUAAGAAAUUUAAAACGUUUGUGAAGAAGAUUGCACGCCAUUUCAUAGUCGGAAUACGAUUCGUCCGACCUGCUGUAGUGGUAUUUGCAACACGCCCUAAACUGGCUUUUGGAUUUAACGAAGCACUAAAUAAGCGAAGGCUCAAUAAACUCAUUGAUCAAAGAGUGAAGUAUAUUAAAGGUGGAACCUUUUUAGGAAAGGCAUUGAAGUUUGCAAAACARCGUCUUUUCUUGAACUCACCUAAAUAUCGGAAGAAAGCAGCGAUUAUUCUCGUGGAUGGGCCAUCGGCGGACAAAGUGCUGAAACCUAUACAACAGCUAGUUGCUUUGAAAGUGGUCGUAASCGCCGUUGGUGUGGGACCUGCAGUUAAACGUGCUAAACAUCAGUUAUUGACUGUCGCGAAAGAUCCACAACAUCUUUAUCUAACGAAYAUGAAUUACUUGGAUUCACUUGUUUCUCGUAUCAGCAAGAAAGCGUGCCAUGAUUCUAAUGGUAACCCAGAAUCGCAAACAAAGCCAACCGAGCGUCCAAGAUUCCCCAAGGCUUCUGGAAUCUACCCAUUGACGGAGAAAAUACAAGCCAGAGAUAUUGGACCAGUAAACAAUCCAACUGGUSAACUUACCGGGGUUAGACCAGGCCGAGGACCUAACGGUCAACGCGGGGGAUCCACAAGAUUCCAAGGAAGACCAGGCAGCUAUGUUAAACUUCCAAAUAAGAAGGGAGGACUCGAUACACCYAACUCCUUCACUAUUAUUUUCUGGGUGAAACCAAUUGGGAGUGGAACAAUUUUAGAAUACUYUAAGGGUGGAGUCAAAGUUAGUUUGCCUACUCGGCAAACAUUUCAGGUCUUGUUGCGACGCCGAAACGGCAAGCCUGUUCGUCCAGUCAAAAGUCGGCGAGGCAUAAAACCAAAACAAUGGAAUUAUAUGAGCAUUACCUAUGACCAGCGGCGUGGCCUAGUGACCUUGUGGAAUAACGGUCGACCAUUAGUUUCAAGAAAUCGAGGGUGGAUACGCCCGAAGACCAACACUGGUAAUGUGUAUAUCGGCGGAAGACCAAACUCAAGAAGACCAUUCCGUGGUUCAAUUUCUUGCGUACAAAUCUACCCUAAAGCAUUGAGUGGACAACAAAUUAAGGCUGUCAAAGAUAUCUGUAUUGAGCCAGGUAAACCGCAGCCAACAAAGCCUCCAACACGCAGACCCAAGCCAAGUCUUCCUCCCCUCUUCGCAUUCUAUCCUUUGAAGUAUAGUACGAAAGGACGAGAUAUCAGCCCUAACAAGAAUCCAGACGGUAGAAUUAGCAAUGUCAAAUACCAACGAGGCCCAGCAAAUAAACCCGGAGGCUCCAUUCGCUUCAGAGGGCKASCCAMCAGCUUUGUAGAGUUCCCAAAGAAAAAGAAAAAGACGAAACCRGCAGAUGAGAUUACCGUCCUUGCCUACAUCUACCCAGCAGGUUAUGGAGGACCAAUCCUUGCCAACGCAAAUCCACGAGGSGUCGGUAUUAAAUUCUACACUACAAAGAAAGGAUUGAAGGUAAACUUUUCAUCUCCAAAGAAGCCACGCACAUGGAAUGUGAAGACAGGAAAGAAUCAGAAGCUUCGGCAACGUACAUGGAGCUUUGUUGGAGUUACUUACAAUUGGAAAACUGGUGUUGCCAAGAUCUUUAUCAACGCAAGAGAAUUAGCCAGAAGRAGGAUCGGCCGACUUCGUUURCCAAUAGAUUACAAUAUGCGUACAGGUGCUGUGCGAAGAGAUCCUCGAAGGCUUCGUGGUAAAGUUACUUGUAUUCAAAUGUAUCUUAAGGAGCUCACACCUCAACAGAUACGAAUGGCUAGAAGACUUUGCUUUAAGACAGAUAAACCGCUGCCAACUAAGGCUCCAACAAAGAGACCCCAGCCACGGCUACCUUCCUCUCUCGCAUUCUAUCCUUUGACGUUUCGUACAAAGGGACGAGACAUCAGCCCUAACAAGAA